AUGCCGCUCAAUAAUAUGCACACCAGAAAGCCAACAAGAAAGGAUGGGAGGAAGAGGACAUCAUCUACGGUUUCCAAUGUUACAACGACCACACAGGCUGGUCCUGGCGAACCUCACAACCUAAGUCACUCUCCAUCUGAGCGAGUCAAUGGUUCGAAACAGGUUGCGAAGCCGCAGGCAGCUUCAGCAUCACCUCCUCCACCCCCACCACCACCAACUGAACCCGCGCAAAAGGUCCCAAACGUUUUUGAAUUCCUUGAGGAGAGCGAGGAAGCUUCAGCUUCAUCGUCAUCGUCGUCAUCGUCCGAGUCCUCUGAUUCCGAUGACGAAGAGCCUGCCCCCGCGACUCGGGCCGCUGUGAUAAAUAUCCAGUCGCCGAAACCGCGUGCUAGUCCUGUACCACAUGCGCUUUUGGCAUCGAAGGCAGGCACUUCUCCGAAGCUGCCAGAAUCUCCUGCGAGUGGGGUGUCAAGACGUUCCAGUGACAUUCGGUCACCACCGGUACCAUCACCGCCAUCCGUGCCUCCAUCGGAAACCCAGCUGGUAGCAAGGAAAAAAGUGCCAUCGCCGGCGAAAAGGCCGACGAAAGAGCUUCACAGAUCUCCAGCUGCGCCUUCGCCACCACCACAAGGCAAGCGCCAAUUGCAGAUCUCCCGGCCAGAGAACUAUUACCCUAGGGAAGCGGCUCCAAUGCACAGAUCCCUGCUCCCACCUUCUCCCCCGAGUAGCCCGGAGGAUAGUAUCCACCGCGCGCUCCAACGAAGGGACUCAAAUGCUUCACAAGUAUCAUCAGGCUAUGGACUUGUGGCAUCGCACUUGACCCGCUCAGCCGGCGAGGACAAAGGAGCGUUUCCACCGAUGUAUCGGCGCUUCGAGAGCUUAAACCAUCGUGUUCUGCUCCACCUACAAGACGAGAUCUCACAAAUGGAGGAAGACCUCCAGACCUUGGAUGAAUACGAAGAGAUGCACCGUGUCGCUGCCGCCGAGAAGGAAGGCAAUAAGCCCGUGCCUGCAUCUCGUCGCCUGGACGCCCAGUCCCAGUCUUUUUCGUCGCUGCAUUAUAGACGUAUGGACCUUAUGGCAGCGUUGAUCCAUAAGACUGAACAAUACAACAAUGCUCUCAGCGCAUAUAGCAAAGUUAUUCAAACUCUGCCUCGCGCUACCGAUGAUGAUAUCCGGAAUUAUCGCUGUUGGAUGAAAGAACAUAAUCCCAUCGCGGCGGCAGAAACCCGCUUCUUGGAUCAAGGUGUUGAUCUUGUCUCUCUUACUCCGCGCUCUGCCGCUUCCGCUGCCUCGGCGCCAGUUUACAUGGCCAUUAUCAUCGCAUCCGGAGCUAUUCUGUUACCAUUGCUUGCGUUUAGCAUGAUUGCAGAAUUCUCUGGUCGACUCGUCGUGGUUACAGUCGUUGGUGGAGCUGCAGCUGCGAUCGCAGCAAACUAUUCCGCUGGCAUUGAUACUCUGGUUGACUCGAGAGAUGGUUGGAGAUGUGCUACUCUGUACUUUGGUUUCAUGACUGUUGCCGCGAUGUUCAUUCCAUGA